AAAAAAGAGGGACUACUGUUUGCUCUCCAAAACUGUUGUGUUUGGUGUUCGGAGAUUUUUAGGGUUUUGUGAUCUAUUCACACUCCUCGGUGCUCACCAUGACUGCUCAAACACAAGAAGAACUCCUUGCUGCCAUUCUCGAACAACAAAAGGUUGCUCAUGAGGAACCGCUGAUUGAAGACGAAGAUGAUGAUGAAGACGAUGAUGAUGAUGGCAAUGAUGAAGAUGAUGUUGAAGGUUUAGGAGAUGCAAGUGGUAGAUCUAAGCAAAGUAGAAGUGAGAAAAAGAGUCGGAAGGCUAUGUUAAAACUCGGGAUGAAGCCCAUUCCUGGAGUCAGUCGUGUCACUGUGAAAAAGAGCAAAAAUAUUCUGUUUGUGAUAUCAAAACCGGAUGUAUUCAAGUCGCCUGCUUCAGAUACGUAUGUGAUAUUUGGUGAAGCAAAGAUAGAGGAUCUGAGCUCACAGUUGCAGAGUCAGGCAGCUGAGCAGUUUAAAGCACCAAAUUUGAGUAAUGUGAUGUCAAGCAUGGCUUCUGAGGAGGCAACAGGGGCUGCUGCAAAUGAUGAAGAAAAUGAAGUUGAUGAGAGUGGGGUGGAGCCCAAGGACAUUGAUCUGGUGAUGACACAAGCAGGGGUUACCAGAUCAAAGGCUGUAAAAGCUCUCAAGGAUGCAGAUGGUGAUAUUGUUUCUGCUAUCAUGGAGCUUACAAACUAGAAGAAGAAGCUCUGUUUUGAUAUAUUCUUGUAUGUUUGAGAUCAUGUAAUUGUGUGUUGUUUGUUGGUAUGUUUAUGAGGGUUUGACUUUGAGUAAUGAUAAGGAAAAUGGUUUGUUUUGCUUUUGUUGGAAUGUUUUGAGAAUCAU